AUGAAAUCCCUGGCAAACAAACGCCAAGGAAACCAGACGACCAUCACUGAAUUCAUCCUCCUGGGAUUCGGGGACUUCCCUGAACUACAGACCUUUCUCUUCCUGAUGUUUCUAGUCAUCUAUGUGACAACCGUGGCUGGGAACCUCCUCAUCAUAACGCUCGUGGUGAUUAAUAAGAACCUUUCCAGCCCUAUGUACUUCUUUCUGGGGAACAUGUCCUGCUUGGAGACCUGCUACACCUCCACGCUCCUGCCCCGGCUUCUGGCUGGGCUCCUGACGAGGGACAGAUCCAUUUCCGUCAGUGGCUGCAUCACUCAGUUCUACAUCUUUGGCUCUCUGCUAGCGACGGAAUGCCUUCUCCUGUCCGUCAUGUCCUACGACCGCUAUCUAGCCAUUUGCAAGCCGCUGCACUACGCCUCCCGCAUGAACGGCAGGUCCUGCCUCCAGCUGGCUGCCUGCUCUUGGGUGAGUGGCUUUCUGGCUCCUUUGCCCUCCAUGCUACUGAUGUCGCAGUUCACUUUCUGUGGCCCCAACGAACUGGACCAUUUCUUUUGUGAUUUGAACCCAAUAAUAAAACUGUCCUGCAGCGACACCCGCCAGCUAGAGGUAACCGCAUUUGUGCUUUGCUCCAUCUUCACCCUGCCCCCGUUUCUCCUGACCCUGGCAUCCUACGCCUGCAUCAUCGCCACCAUCCUGCGCAUCCCGUCCACCACCGGGCGGCAAAAGGCCUUUUCCACCUGCUCCUCCCACCUCAUUGUGGUGAGUGUUUUCUACGGGACCCUGGUCCUUGUGUAUCUCCUCUCGGACUCUGAUGCCCUGAGAGACCUGAACAAAAUAUUCUCCGUUUUCUAUGGAGUCCUCACCCCAUUGAUCAACCCUCUCAUCUACAGCCUGAGGAACAAGGAGGUGAAGGAAGCCCUGUGGAAAACCCUCCUUCAAUUUUUUUAUCUUUUACAGAUCAGAUAUUUCUAG